AUGUUUUCUAAAUCAAUCAAGCUCAAAUCAGAUAACAUGACCAAAUUAGGUGAGCGCAAAAAAUUGAAACAACAGGCCAUCAAAGACUGGUCAUUAUUGAAAUCAGAUGAAACAGUUUCAAUGGAUAUCGUCGAAGACCUUUUCUCGACUAAAGAUCCGUUGUAUACAAAAAAGUAUCAAGUAGCAGAACGACAACAAAUAACCGUCUACUCUUCAUCAUCUAAUUCUAUAGCUUUCGAACAUGACAAUCUGUUAGUUCCAUCCUUGUUCAGUUUAUGGAAACUGAAAUUAGACAGGCCAUUGUUUAUAGUUGCGCCUCCGGUAAUUGAGAUUUUGAGUCGGGGUGCCAGUUUGAUGGCUCCCGGUGUUCUCAAUUGGGAUACAAUAACCAGCUUCGACAGAGGCGACCUUUGUUUCAUUGUCGCUCACGGCAGCAAUAUUCCGACGGUUAUUGCAGCUCUGCUGAUGAGUCUUGAGGAGGUGCGAAGUUGUGGCUUCAAAGGAAAGUUAGCCAAUGUACUGCACAUGGUUGGAGAUGAGCUUUUCAAGCUUGGAAGACAAAAAGUUCCUACCGAAGAGGAAUACCUGCUGUGUAAAUGCGACGAACAAUUAGCAUCAAAUGGAGACAACACUGAAAUAAACGAAGUGAGCGUAUCUGAGUUGAAGCUAGAUGAAAAUCAGACCUCCGAAUCGGUUGCCGAAGAAGCCAAAACUAUGGAAGAGAUACUCGAAAUUUGUUUACUGACGGCUCUUAAGCUGUGUAAAAAUAGUUUUCCAAUUUUGUGUAGUACUUUUCAAGGUCAGUUUUUGAUACCUGCUUGUCCUGAUGGUUACUCAGUUGAUGUCAAAAAGUCGAGGUUCAAGAAAAUGUCAGUAUUUUACAAAGAAUAUGAAGAGAAAGGCUUGAUUAAGAUUUCAGUUUCUGAUAAAGAUGUAUGGAGCAUUGCAUCCGCUGAUUUGAGUCAUAUAAUCUUUCGAGGCUUCAAACCAAUGAAAGUUGUUUCGCCUUCGGCUAAGAACGUUGAAGACGAAGAGGACGAUUCAAAUGUUGACUUCUUGCAAACAUUUGUUUUUCCUGAAAUAACUUCUGUUUACAUCGCCUCAAAACCGUUUUCGAAUGUUUUCAAACAUGUGGAAAAAGGUGUCGUCCUCACUGCAAAUGAAGUUAGGCAAGAUGUUAAAGAUUAUGUUCUUGCCCAUUGUGAAACUGGAUCGAGCGGAGUUCUCUUAGACCCACCUUUGGCUUCGUUUCUUUUGAAGAAGAAUGAAAACCUGUCUCAUCUGUCGUGGCAAGACGUCAAUCAGCGAAGUAUCGAUGCUCUGCAGCCUGCAUAUCAAAUAAAAGGGGGAAGUUUCCUCAAAGAGGUGCUAGUUAAAGGUCAAUCACAUCCUGUUUUGAAAGUCACUACCCACAAACGAGCUGGUAAUAAACACGUGACAUUAAUUCAGAAUCUAGAGAAGUUUGGAAUCAACAUGAAACAGUUCGCUAGGUUCUUACAGAACCUUGCAGCAUCUAGUUCAUCUGCAACAACUGACAAAGCGACAAAAUGUGAAAUUGUUCAGGUGCAGGGAAAUCAAGUCAAAUUGCUGAGAAAGUUGUUCUUAGAACAGCUCAAAUUUCCUGUUAAAUGUAUUGACAUACCUAAUAAAUAAGUCGAAAUAAAUGAAGACUGAAGCUCUUUAUGAUUAAUUUAGGUUACUUUAAAAAAAUUAAGAUUGAAUAAUUGCCAGUGAUGCUUAUGAAA